CUGCGUGCGAACGGCUGAGUAAUUGAGAACAGCAAUUUGCGUUUGCAAAGCGACUAGGUCUUUUCUCUUAAAGGCGCAGGCGGAGCCGUGGGCUGGCGAAAGAGCAGCCGUAUUAUCUGUUAUUUUUGACUGGGAGAGGAUCGAUAGAGAGAUCUCAAUGGCUGCCAGGCUUUUGCGAGCGGUUGUCUUGGGACCUCCGGGCUCUGGUAAAGGGACAGUGUGCGAGAGGAUCGCCAAGAGCUUUGGCCUCCAGCAUCUUUCCAGCGGGCAGUUCUUAAGGGAGAACAUCAAGGCAAACACUGAUGUUGGUAUAUUGGCAAAGCAAUAUCUAGAGAGUGGCCUUUUGGUGCCAGACCAUGUAUUUGCACGUGUCAUGAUGACAGAACUGGACAAAAUGCAGACCCAGCCUUGGUUACUGGAUGGUUUUCCUAGGACCCUGGGUCAAGCUGAAGCACUUGACAAAAUAUGUGAACUAGAUCUGGUGAUAAGCUUGAACAUCCCCUUUGAGACACUAAAAGACCGCCUAAGUGCUCGUUGGAUUCACCCAGCUAGUGGACGAGUAUAUAAUAUGGAAUUUAACCCCCCUCGUGUGCACGGGAUAGAUGACAUAACAGGUGAGCCUUUAAUCCAGAGAGAAGAUGAUAAACCAGAGGCUGUUGCUGUCAGGCUAAGGAAAUACAAAGAUGCUGCAAAACCUGUAAUGGAACUGUACAAGAACAGGGGGGUCCUACACUCAUUCUCUGGGACAGAGACCAACAAAAUUUGGCCUUAUGUAUAUUCUCUGGUGUCCAGCAAGAUUCCUCCAAUCCAGGCAGAAGAAGUAAAUUAACCAUCUCUUGACCAGGAACAAGAGGGAACAACCGUUACAUUUACAGAAAUGUGUGCUGUGUCUGUGCUCUUCCCCCUCCCAUUUUUUUCUUUAGGAAAAUGGCUGUUCUUCCUGGAGAAAUGGCUAUGGGAGUACAGCUAUAACAUUUUCCUUGAAAGAUGAUGUAUAUGGAUUGAGUUCUAAAGUAUUUGUGCAUUCCUCCAUAUUACCUUAGUUUGUUGUGCAGAGACAGAUUUAUCUUAAGCCAGUAUAUAGAACCUGUUGUUUCAUUCCAGCCACUUAACAGUGGCUCUACAUAUUAAAUGUGCCAUUCCUUAAAUUUUGAAAAAUGGUUUUCUUUGAUCUAAACACUCUGUGGCAAUUUAAAAUAACCAACCCUAGUACUUUAAGUAUAGCUAUAAUGUGUUGAGCACUAAGGAAAAUAUAUGCAUUAUACAGGUCAAAUAAGUGUGCUUGAAUAUUAGUAAAUGAGGAGUUUAAAAUCAUGAUAGGUUUAAAUGUGUUAGUUCUCAAAGAGAACCACCACUGAAGAAUAUCUGUUAUAAAAUGCUGCUGUAGAAAAGAAAGAACUAGUUUUAAAUUUGAUUAUGUGACUUCAGGCUAUCUUGUAGACUGGGGGGGGUGUUUGUGGCCUAUUUUGGAUUGAAGAAAAGUUGCACUACUUGAGAUUUUGGUUCCUUAUUGAUACCUUUAAUAUUCUACAGUAGAGUCUGACUGGAUAAAAUCUGUCACUAAAGGCCAAUUUGGUCUCUACUUUUUGGACAUACAAGUUGUCCCAACUGUCUCCAUGCAAGUGUUCUUAUGAACAAAUGAAACAUAUGGUUGAGGAUGUAGUUAGCAAUACAUUCCCAUAACUGCAAAAGGUAUGAUAAAUGUGAUUGUGAAUACUGAGGCAGAUUAUAUCCAUGUUCUUCCUGUAUGCAUGUUUGUCCAUGACAUGGUCAGUCAGUAUUGCUCAUAUAUAUGUACACACUAAAGUAUUGCAUGCAUUGGACCAAAGCCUUGAUUCAGUUGAUAAAUUGGUGUUACCACCUUGUAGAAUAUAGCUUAUUUUAUUGCCUUAUUAUUAGGCCCUUUCUGUUCUCUUUGACUAGGGCUUAUUGUAUGGCACUGUUCACCCCAGGAUUAAAGAGACUACUUUAUAAGUCUUCCUCCAAAUAGUAAUUGGUAAGGAAAGAGUAGACACCAUUCAGAUCUGAUCCUGCAGUUCCAAUGUCCACUCCAUUUCCUUCUCUUCUUUCAUUUAUCCAGAUCUUGUUGAAACAAAGGAUAAGCGAGGACUUGCCAUAGCAUAGUAGUGAAACAAAACCAUCUAUUGUGCAUGUAUUUCUUGAAAGUUGAUCAGUUCUUGAAGUGUUAUUCUUGAGGCUUAAUUAUUUUAAGCAAGCACUUACCGUAAUGAGCAUAUUGGCCAGAUUCUUUUUGAUCGAUUUAGCUCAAAUGCAAAAACAAAACCAUUCCAUCCUCUAGAGUAUCAGAUCUAGUUUUUAUGCUGGUCUGUUGAACACCUUCAGGGUAUGUGCUGCAGGUAUCCUUGCAUAUUUCAUAGGAUUGGUGGUUGGUUGUUGUUUUGGCAGAAUGUGCCAGUCUGAACCCAUGUCUAUUGGCUUUGGUGCAAACACAAUUGAAGUUCAACCCAAAAUAUGCUCAGUUUUGCUCUGGGAGACGGCAUUACAGGGGAGGAUCAGUAGUUAUGGAGUAAUGUAAAAUAGUAAUGACUUCCAAGGAAACUCAUUUUGGGACUGGUCUAGAUGAUAUAAUUUCUUGUAUUCCAAGUGGUGAUGCAAUGUCUGGAAUAAAUACCUGUCAUGAAGGACAAUUGCUGCAAACAUUAAUCUCUUCUGUAUUAAGGAUUUCUUAAAAGCCUUUUAUCCCAGAGCUCCAGAGGUUCCAUGGCCUAGUCUGUGUAGCCUUCUUAAAGGGAACUGUGGUAGCUUGUACUUUCAAAUGAGAGCUAUAGAACAUAGAUGGCUGCACAGUCUCUGUUUUGUCAGAUAGCUUGGAAUCAGAAUUCUGUGGUAAGAGAUAAUGCAAAUGUUCAGAAUGCCAUGAACUAAAAAUAGCACUUGAAACCAUCAUGGAAUUGUUGAGAUAAGUUCUUCAAGUGGUAAGGUAACAACUGAGUAUGCUGAAUGCAAGUGGUAACGCUUAUAUAAAACUCAAAAAUAUCACAUGAAAAUGGGAGCCUCCCCAUGAUGUCUAUAUCAUCUAGAUCACCUCCCAAUCUGGAAUCCAUGGUAAGCUUCCAAGGAAAUCCAGGAUUUCCUAGAGCACAGUUUGAAUGCCCUGGUUCCAAGGUAACAAAUCCAAGUCAAGUGACUUUGAACCAUAAGAAGGAUAAAUGUUUUCCCCUCCUACUGGUUCCUUCCACACUAUUUCCUGUCUGUAAUAAAUCAAAUGAAUGUUUGCAAUUUGUUAGGAAUGAAAAAGUAAUUUUAUUUUUAAAUGGUGAAGCUUAAAUAUUUGGGAGUAGCUUAUACUUUUUAAAAAGGUUAUGAAAUCUAUUUUAAUGGUCUCUAAUUUUUUAUAGGCAGAGAUAGUAUAGUACCUUCCUGAACUGGAAAUUAAUAUUACAACUGUGAUUUUAGAUUUGUAAUAUUUGGGUGGAGCAGUGACUCAUCUGUCUCAUUCUAAGCUGCCUUGUGUUGCCUUAUUUUAUACAUUGUAGAAGGGGAGGGAAAUAUUUUGGAGAAAAAUAUCAAUUUUAUGGAAUAAAUUUUUCUCUGAAACCGUGCUGCUUUGAUGACAAAAUUAUUUUGAUUACGCUUUCUAAAAUAACCAGUGUCAUUGUUUGAAAGAGUGAUACUACCCUUGGCAAUGGGUAGGUUACAUUAACUAUCUUGCAUAAUAAAAUAAAAGUCCUAUUGCUGCAGAAACAAAGUUACAGGGAGACUUAGUCUGGCUAAGUCAUUUAUAGGCCACAGCACCUAGCAGAGCUAUAUAAUGUGUAUAUAAAAUGGGGACUUGGGGGUCCACACAUUACUUCAUUGUGUGCCUGUACUGCCUCCUUUUUUUCUUUUCCACACAACAGAGAAACAGCAGUGAAAGAUUGAAGUGACCACUAGAGAGAGCAAUACGUGCAGAAAAGGGAAAAAACCCUGAUGCAGUAGGGGGUGCACAACUGACAGAAAUAACACAUAUGACAUAACUUUAUGUUAUGCUGGCCUAAAAAAAAAGCAAGGCUGAGAGGUGAGCCUUUCUUUUACAUGCUUUUUGUCUUCAGUGGUUUGGACGUGCUUGGGUUUCAUUUCAUACUGUGGUCCACCAUCCUAUUUUGGAUUGUGCGUUUUGAUGCCAUAUAACCUAGCUAUUGCUGUGCCCCAGGUUCCUACAGGUUAAUAACUAUCGGUCCAUAUGAAUGGGAGACUUGAAGUUUGAGGAUAACUGUAUUAUGCCAUUCUGUGCCACAAGCUGAAUGUGAAUGUAUUGAAGAUGCUAAAGGUCCAUUAAUUCAGGGAGGGCAAGAGACAGAAUUCUGCUCUGCAUGGACUUUUCCUUGACCUUUGCUGUCUGGUUUGGUAAUGCCAUGAGACCAUUUAGGCAGUUCAAAAAUCCUUCUACAUUUAUUAUGAAUCUAUAUCAAAAAGAAUGUUGUGUUUGUAGCUGUUUCCUUACUUUUCCUGUUUAUUCCUUCUGCCUGUUUCUAAUUUGUAAUCUGUUUGGGCAGGGAUAUUUUUUGGUUUUUUAAUCUUUCCAGAAUAUAGUAGUUUAGGUGCUAUAUAAACAAGUUGGGGAACCUUCCAUCAAGAUAACAUGACAACCUGCAGUUCCAAGAAUGGAAAUGGAAAGCCCUCUUGCAUACAUCAAAGAACUUGGGAAUAUGUAUAGAUAACGUUCCUUCAACCAAUCUACAACAGGUCUGAGAGAACUGAUUUGUAAAAACUAUACGGGGUUUUAGCUUGGAAUUUAUACUGCUAACAAGAUGGAAAACCUCAUCUAGAAAAGUACAACAUUGCUUUGCGAAUUUUUAGCAAGUCAUACACAUAGUUAAAUAUGUUAAAACUAUUUUGGGGUUGAAAUACCUUCUCUUUGCCACUCUGAGCAAAGGUGCUGUUUCUGAAGCUCCUCAGCUACUGCUGUUUGUUUUAGGUUAGCUUUUUUCUGGAAUCACAAUCUUCUGUAAUGUAUAACUUUCGUCUUGUAAUUUUGGCACUUUACUAUGAAUCUGAUGCAUUUUCUAAUGUUCUGAUCCUGCUUUUAUAUUAAUUUUACGUAGGAUAUAGGGGAUUUCUCUAGUUGGUUGUUCUAGGAAAUAGUUUGUAUCUGUAUGCAAUGUAAUUGAUAUAAGUUUUUUGUUUUGUCUACUACCCCUAAUUCCUACAGCUGUUUGCCAUUUGAUACAUUAAUAAAGUUAUUUUCAAUUUA